CUGCACAGGGGUGCGCAUGCGCGGAGUCAGCGCGCGCAGUGGGUGAGAUUUGGUAGAUCAGUGAUCACUACGCCGGCAAACCGAUCGCGAAGUACACGUGCUCAAGGAUCCAGGAAGAAACGCCGGCCCCUCGCGGCCAGGAGCCCUACCAGGCGCUUCCCGACCUUCUCCUACAACGAAACAACACCGGCAGAGCCGUUAACACACGAGGCUCCGCGGACUAAAGAGAUGGAAAUCGUGCCCGAGGGGAAAAACUUCCGAUUGGUAACAGAAGACGAGCUCCCUGCUAUAGCUGAUAUAUUAGUGCAGUACAUGCCUGAAUCUUUAAAGUUCCAUCAAACGAUUCAAACAUAUCUUAACAACAAGGUGUGGGAUUUCCAUUUUUAUGUAGCGAAGAACUGGCCGGAGGAUCCUAUUUGUCUUCAUUUCCCUGGAUGCACGAGCACUCCAAACCGUCAUCCAUAUGAGAGCGUGACAAUAUUCUGUCCAUCCGAGCGUUCAGAGCUAGUCGACUUGCUAACCUCGGAAGACAUACUCUUGGACCUGACACAACCAUUGUACCUGAACUUCACACACGAGGCCAUCGUGGAAAGAUUUGAAAAACGCUAUGAAGCCCACGACAAAAUCACAGGAGAUGUAUACGUCUGUGUCAACCCGCCAGAUGAAAACAUUGAAGAACUGCCACCGGACGUGGAGUUAGUCCGCCUCCAGCCCGAACACAUGAAGGCUGUUCACGAUCUGUAUCCAGCUAGCGACAUCGAAUGUCGUGAAGUGUUCGAGAAGUUGGUCGCCGAACUUCCAGCGUACGGCAUCUUCGUUGAAGGUCAGCUAGCAGCAUGGAUGGUGCAGUCAUACUACGGCGCUAUGUUCUCUAUGCAGACGAGACCAGAAUUCCGUAGGAAAGGCUACGGUAUAUUCCUAGCGAGGCGUUUAACAAAGGAGGUAGCUGCGCGCGGCUAUAAGCCGUUCGUCGUUAUACGUCCAGAAAACGACGCGUCCCGUUCUCUCUACUCAAAACUGGGCUUCGAGAAGCGUUUCCGUACGGUGCGCGCCGUUUUGCGUCCUCGCUAA